CCAUGUCCACCAUCGAGGAGCGUACAGCGUACCUAGACAAUCCAUACUUCAAAGGACACAUCUACGGGAACUUUAACCCGUUCUACGUCACGAUCGCCAUCUGCACCGUGAUCGGUGUGCUAAUUAUCGCGCUGAACAUUGUGUGCGGUUGCUGCUCGAAGCACAAGCAGUACUGGCAGGACAGACACACGGGAAAUCGGUGGUUAGUGUCAUUUUGGUCAGCAACACCGCAUAAGCAACCGCCACUCGAUUUGACGGAACUGAAGGACGCCAGCCACUUCCAGCCGGUCAAUCCCGACGUUGAGCGUCCCGUAGAGUACACCGUCUCGCACCACCGUCCCCAGUACCAGUAUCCUCCCGCAUCUGUCCGUGGAGCUUCACCCCAGGGCUACCAGCACCGGGAAGAGUACGUGGAGUUGCAGAAGCGUGAAAGCGACAUCUAG